AUGAAGAUUAAUUUAUCUUUUAGCAAAAAAAACAAAAACGAAAAUAAAAAUGAAGAAAAAAAUGUAAUGGACAUUUUUUCAUUGUCCGAUGAUGAGGAAACUUUUAACUUUGAAAAUAAUCAAAACAAAAAAAUUCAAGAGGAAAAAGAAAAAGAAAUUGAAGAAAAAAUAAAAGAAUAUAUAUAUGAACAUGAAAAUCCUAUAAAAGAAAAAUGUAACCAAGAUGAACGUGAAAUUAACGAGAAAAAAAACCAAAAGAAAAUACAGUAUUUAGGAUAUAAAGGUGAUGAGUUAACAAAACUAAACAAAGAAAAAAUAAAUACAGAAGAAAAUAAAAUAUAUACUCAAAAACAUAAAAGGGAAAGACAAAGUGAAAGUGAUAAAUAUCAAAAAUAUGAAAAAUAUCAUAAGGAAGAAUAUAAUAAUAAAUGCAAGAAUAAAAAUAAAAAACAUAGAGAAAAUUAUGAACCGAAGAAUAUUCUUAAUAAAAAAGAAAUAGAAAAAGAAAUUAGUAUAGAUGAAAUAUAUAUGAAAAAAGAUAAUAAUAAUAAUAAUAAUAAUAAUAAAAGUAAAUCAAAAUAUAUGGAUGCUUUAAUUAAUAGUGCAAAGAGGAGAGCAUUAGAAAAAGAAAUAUUAAUUCAAAAAAAACUAAAAAUUGAUACUAAAAAAGAGGAAAAAGUAUUUAUAACUAAUGCUUAUAAAAAAAAAAUGAUGGAUAGAGAAUUAAUUAAAAAAGACAUAGAAGAAGAGCAAAAAGAAAAUAUGAAAGAUACUCAAUCUAAUUAUAACUUAAACUCAUUUUUAAAAAAUAUGAGUAUUCCAUUGAAUUAUAAUAGAAAUAACAGAAAACCUUACUAUGAUAGUACCAAUCUAAGUGAUUAUGAAAAGUUUUAA